AUGAAGGGACUCGUCUCCGCUCUGCAUAUCGCAGUGCUUACUCUCAUCUGCACCGUCACCGCUAUGGAUGGAAAAACUUGCUUUACAAUAUGCUAUCAUCCAGCUGUAGAGCAGCAGUGCCCCGAUGCGAACCUUGAAUGCGUUUGCAAGAAUCAAGAGUUUAUAUCGCUGCUCAAUAUGUGUAUUCAGCGGACAUGCCAGGAGUCUCUAUAUGAGGCCGAAGCUAUUCAUGCUGAUAUGUGUCUUUGA